GGGGAAAAAAACCGCGUGCCCCCUCAUUCCAGCAAGCUUCCUAACGCCCAUUGAAUUCUUUUUUCCGAAACCAAAGUACAAAACAAUUCCAGCCGACUCCCAAUUCUCCCAUUGCUGAAACCAAAAUUUCUCCCAAGAAGCGCAAACCACUACAACUUCAACAGCAAAAAGAUGUGUCGAGGGCUCGAGAAGAACGAGAGACAGCGGCUGAAGAUCAAGGCGUUUUAUCUCCGUCUCUCUCUUUCAUCAAAAACCCCUUCAAAACCCUUGCCCGAUUGCCUCACCCUCCACUACCUCCCCCGCAUCAACGGCAGUCCGCUGGACAUAGACGGGUCCGACGUCCGACCCGAUUCGCCCGCGUUCGUCACGCUCCACCGGGUCGUAUCGGCUUCAGUAGAGAAACCGGUUUUCGGGAGCAGAGAGCGGGUGGCGGCUAGCCAAGGGGUGAGGUUUGAUGUAUACUUUGGGGAAGAGAAGUUGUUGAGGGGGGUUUUUAGGAGAGAUGAAGGCGGGGAGUGGAAGGUGGAGUGUAAGUGUGCUUUGGAGGGAGAGGUGGUUGGGGUGAAGGCGGCGGAUGUUUGGGUGGAGGCAGAGGGACAGGCGGCGAUGAGCGAGAAGGUGGCGGUGAGGAGGAAGAGGAGGAGGGGGAAUGUUUGUUGGGUUCAGGGGUUGGAGGAGAUACCGGAGGAGAGAGAGGAGGGAGAGGAUGAAGUGGAAGGCUGUUGUUGUUGUUCGGAGGAGAGAGAGGGGGGAUCAGACAGCGGAGAUUGCGAGGAGUUGGAGAGUGGAAAAGAUGGAGAUGGGAUGGAGAUGGAGAUUGAAGGAGUGAGAUUGGCCGUGGACGUGGGGAUUUGGGUGGCGUGUUUGGGAGUUGGGUACUUGGUUUCUAGUUUGAGCCGCAUUAAACUGCUUUGAGGAAAAAUAUGUAAUGAUUUUGUGUACACUAUUAUUUUGGCAAAUACCCAUUAUAGUAAUACUCUACUUCAAUGCUCAAU